AUGAUCGAGUUCAAGCGAAGCGGGAACAACACCAUCGCUUCGAAUCGAAUUCCCCUCUAUGUGGGUGAAUUCGUGUAUGAUGAAUCGAAAGAAUCGUUUCUUCGAAAUGGUCGAGGAUACUGGAUCGAUGAAGAAACUCGGAUUGCUACUCGCGAAGUGGAAUGGAAAGAUGGAGUGGAAGUGAGUGGAAGAGAUCUGUAUGAUGGAUGGUACACUCGAUCCACAACUCCAAAACCCAAACCCAAACCCAAACCCAAACCCAAACCCGCUCCGAUGCCCGUGCCUGCUCCUGCUCCUGCUCCUGCUCCUGCUCCUGCUCCUGCUCCUGCUCCAAAACGCGAAGAACCUGUUCCUCUUCGAUUCAGCGUCACUGGAUCUACAAAAUGGACCGAUGUGAGUUUGCAAGUGACCGAUUUGAAGAUUUCAUCGAAUUGCUGUAACGAUUUGAAUGCAUUGGAUCUGAAUCGAUUCGAGUGGCUACGAUCUAUCGAAAUCGGCGAUGAAUGUUUUGGCUCAGUGGAAACAUUCAAAAUCGAUGGAUUGAAUCGAUUGAAAACUAUCAAAAUCGGAAGCAAUUCAUUUACUCAACUGAAACAAGAGUGGCUUAGCAGCUAUCACACCACUGAAGAAUGGGAUUCAAAGGGCAAUAACCAAUCGAAAUCAUUCCACAUAUUGAAUUGUGAAUCAUUGGAAUCCAUUCAAAUUAGUGAAUUUAGUUUCAGUGAUUUUGCUGGAGACUUUGAAUUGAAGAAUCUACCACAAUUACAAUCCAUUCAAAGUGGUUCAUUCAAUUUCUAUUAUAGUUCAUUUGUGGUUCGAGGUAUUGACAUGAUAUUGAAUAUUUGA